AUGUUCGUCAAGCAAAAAAACGUUUUUAGUGAAGAAGGCAAAAAAGGCAAGAUUAAUGAGUAUUUGGUCCUUGCUGGGAUUAUUGGCGCAGUGGUCGCAGUGCUUUUCCUUUUCUGCAUUGUAUGUCUGCAAAGACUGCGAGAAAAGAAGAGGCGUUUAAAAUUGGCCGAAAUCAAACAUAGAAAGGAAACUGUAAAGACUUCUACGGGUACUGAAGAAAAGAAGGAUGGACAGAAACUGUCAGCUGAAGCAUUGCAAUCAAAAUCCACUCCAGAUGAAGUGACCCCAGCCAGAGCCGCAGCUUCACCUCCUACCGCCACCAGCGGUAACUACGUAAAUGCGGCUGACCUGACCUUGGAUAUUUUGACAGCUUCUACACAAUCGGAAGAGGACAUCCAAAGCUGA